CAGCUGCUGCUCGUGCUGUGGGUUUCCAGCGGGAGGUGGGGAAGAGCAGUCACAGCCAGACCCUCCCCUCCUCGGAUCUGUCAUCAGCGACAGAGAAAUCCCUUCCCGGCCCCAAGUUACUGAGCCUGAAUCGUGUGGGAUCUGCCAGGGCGGCAGGAUGGCAGAGCAGCCCUGCCCAGCACCCCCCGCCACAGCCCCCAGACCCACGGCCGGCCCUGCGCCCCCACAGCCACUGACCCACCCCAGGGACAAGUGGAGCAAAAAAAUGGAUUUCCUCCUCUCGGUCAUUGGAUUCGCUGUUGAUCUGGGCAACGUCUGGCGGUUCCCUUACAUCUGCUACCAAAACGGAGGGGGAGCCUUUCUCAUCCCCUACACCCUGAUGGCUGUUUUUGGAGGGGUGCCCCUCUUCUACAUGGAGCUGGCGCUGGGGCAGUUCCACAGGACGGGUGCCAUCCCCAUCUGGAAGCGCAUCUGCCCCAUCUUUAAGGGCAUCGGCUUUGCCAUUUGCAUCAUCGGUCUGUACGUCUCCUUCUACUACAACACCAUCAUCGCCUGGGCGCUCUACUACUUCUACUCGUCCCUGUCAGGCAGCCUGCCCUGGGCGAGCUGUGACAACCCCUGGAACACGCCCCACUGCACCAACUACUUCGGGGGGAGCAAUGUCACCUGGACCAACUUCUCCAGGUCCCCUGCUGAAGAGUUUUAUACGAGGAAGGUCCUGGAGCUCCAGAAGUCCGGGGGUCUGUACAACAUCGGCGGAAUCCACUGGGAGCUGCUUCUCUGCCUCUUCCUCAUCUUCACUAUCGUCUACUUCAGCCUGUGGAAAGGGGUGAAAACCUCUGGGAAGGUCGUGUGGGUGACAGCUACACUGCCCUAUGUUGUCCUCCUCAUCUUGCUGGUCCGGGGGGCCACCCUGCCCGGCGCCUGGAGAGGGGUCGUCUUCUACCUGCGCCCGGACUGGAGCAAGCUCCUGAGCACGGCGGUCUGGGUUGAUGCUGCUGCACAGAUUUUCUUCUCCUUGGGUCCUGGAUUCGGUGUCCUCCUUGCUCUGGCCAGUUACAACCAUUUCCACAACAACUGCUACCGGGAUGCGCUGGUCACCAGCACAGUGAACUGCCUCACCAGCUUCCUCUCAGGCUUUGUCAUCUUCACCGUGCUGGGUUACAUGGCUGAGAUGAGAGAUGUGGAGGUGGAAGAUGUCGCCAGAGAUAAAGGGCCGAGCCUCCUUUUUAUCACCUACCCCGAAGCAAUCGCCAACAUGGUGGGAUCCACCUUCUUCGCCAUCAUUUUCUUCCUGAUGAUGAUCACACUGGGGCUGGACAGCACGUUUGGGGGCUUAGAGGCUGUGAUCACGGCCGUGAUGGACGAGUACCCCCAGGUCCUGGCCGGGCGACGGGAGCUCUUUGUCCUCGGCCUCAUCACGGUCUGUUUCCUGGGCUCCCUGAGCACCCUCACCUACGGGGGAGCCUACGUGGUGAAGCUGCUGGAGGAGUUUGGUGCUGGCUGCUCUAUCCUGGCAGUGGUGCUGCUGGAAACGAUCGCUGUCUCCUGGUUUUAUGGGAUACAGAGGUUCUCCCAUGACGUGAAAGCCAUGCUGGGCUUCACCCCCGGGCUGUUCUGGAAGGUGUGCUGGGUUGCCAUCAGCCCUGCCUUGUUAGCAUUCAUAGUCGUGAGCUCCCUCCUGGACCAGCCACCUCUGGCGCUCUUUGAUUAUCAGUACCCUGAGUGGAGCAUCUCAGUGGGGUACCUCAUAGGAGCAUCGUCCUUCAUCUGCAUCCCCUUCUACAUGGUGUACAAGCUCGUCUGGACGCCGGGAUCUCUGAAGCAGCGCCUUGCUGUUUGCAUUCGGCCAGAGAAAACAACACGAGAUCCACAGGCGGAGGCCGUGUCUAUGUCACCUGUCCUGUAGCCUGGUGGGACAUCCAGGGGACACAGAGACUGCUUCAGCUCCCUGCUCCUGCCCCAACAAAGCAAUGGGGCAGGUAGAAGAGAAACCACCGUCACCUUCCUCACAGCCACCGGUCCCUCGGUUCUCCCCCAGCGACUGCACAUGCUGGUGGCAGCUCCCCAGCCUCCAGCUCUUAUUGCAUCUGAGCAUCUAAUCAGAAGCAGCGCUGCCAGCAUGUGCAGGAAAACCUCUGAUCCACAGCAAGGAGAACAGGAUCUGCCACCGAGUCCUGGGAGCUGGAAGCGCAGCCAGACUCCUUUGGUUUGGAGGUGAACCCUGACUCCCCGUGAAGACGGAGGCGCAGCUGCAAGUGCCACUGCAGAGGGACUGAGCGCGCCUCGCUUAGAGACGCUCGUGACCUUGCCGUGCAAACCUGCUUGGCAGGAGCUGUGCAUGCCUUUAGCCGUACCGUGAGUGAUGUGGAAAAUAAAGCAAUAUCAAUUGUUGGGAGAUCAGAGGAGGGAGAGGAGCCAGAGCUCGCCGUGCUGCAUUCACGCAGCACUGUGGUGUGGCUGAGAGCACAGGGCUGGGCUGGGGAAUGGUGGGGGGGCUGCAGCUGGCCUGACCACAAAUACCUUCUCCUGGUACAAAAAGGUUGGUUGAGAAAUUGCAUAGCCCCUCGGCUCGCUCCCGGGAACACGCUGCUGCGGCCAGAGCCCCCGGGCCAGGAAGGCAGGUCAGUCCCUCCUGUUCUGUCUGGGUGAUGAGACAGCUCUGCUUUGCCGGGAGGAGCGACUGCCAGAGAAGUGGUGGCCUCUGGCAUUUGAAGAAGGAAAGACCUCAAUAUAUCUCAUUUUAAAAACAAAUAUUUGGGUCAGGGUGAAGCAGCCCUGGCGCCAGUGUGAACCAGCCACCUGUCGCGGCUUCCUGAUAAUGUCACAUCACUCCCAGUGCCGCCUCACCACUGCUCAGCUGUUACUGGGGCCAUUAAGCACUUUCCAGCGCCCACGUUCACCAAAGCAGUGCUGGUUUAUCACAGUGACCACUCACCGUACCCUCCCCACUGUCCUUUGGGAUCAUGCAGAAUGUAACAGGGGAGCGCAGCUGAGAGCUGGGGGGGACAUGGGGCUGGGGGAGCACACGGGGCUGGGGGAGCACACGGGGCUGGGGAAACACGGGCGCACGGCCGGAACCGGUACCCGCGUGUCGCUCCGUCCGGCGCCGCCCGGAAGGUCCGUGCCGGAGCCGCUGCCGGUGCCGGCGGGGCGGGCCCUGCCCGGGGCGGGGCGGCAGGAACAGGAAGGGCCGGGCCGGGCGCACAAAGGCCGGGGCGGCGGGGCCGGGCCCGGGUGGGAGGCGAUGGCGCUGGUGGCGGCGGUGGCCCGGGCCCUGGCGGCGCUGGCCCUGGCGGAGCGCAGCCGGCCCUACGCUGUGCUGCAGAAACAGAACCUGGUGCUGCUGGGCAGCAUCCUCAGCGCCCUGGUCCUCACCAUCAUCCUCAUGGCCGUCUGCGUCUACAAGCCGGUCCGGCGGCGAUAGCGGAGCGGGAACCGGGGGCCGCUGUGGGGAAGCGCUGCCGGUUCUCCUGCCCGGUUCUGCUGCCCGGUUCGUUCCCAGCUUGCCCGACGCCUCUCCCGCCAGCGCCGGGGCUGCCCCGAUGUCGUGUGCGCGGCUCUUUGCCCACGCAGCAUCGCGUGGCUCCAUCAUGAUGUGGCUUUCAACAACAGCACGGCCAGGGGCUGCACAUCACACCCCGGUCCUUAGCAAACUGACCCCCGGGACCGCUUUCCUAGCAAACCCCGUUGGGUUGGAGCAGGGUCUGUAGCAAUGCACUGUCUUGCCCAAACACAGCAUUUCAGCGAGGCCGAUGUGACGUGAUGUGCUCCAGAGCAUCCCUGGGGCGUGGGUGCACCUGGAGCCUCAGGGGAGCGCGACCGGCACUGACACCUGCUCUGAUCGGUGCUGGGGAACCGUCCUGGGCUGGCACGAGAACACAGCCGGACUGCAGCAUCGCUGCCUGUCCAGCAGGCCUGUGCACUUGUUUACACCACAUCUGGUUUUGCUUUCUGAUUAAUUCAGUUCCUUGCUUGAAUGCUGAGUCUUGAGGGUUUGUAGAGCAGCCUGCAAAAGUAGUCUGAAGCAAAAAGCUCAGUGACCCAGUGCAGCUGUGGCUGGUACCUCCGAGCAGAACUACUGAAGCAUGAGCAGACCGUGGUGUAGCAGUUAGCUAAACAGCCCCCAGCAGCCUUGCACCCAACCAGCCGUGUGGAACCAGUUAGGAACUGGGGUGCUGGCCAGGGUUUGCAGCUUGUGCCGAAAACCCGUCUCCUCACAGGUGGAUUUGUGCUCCUGGGCAGGUUACGGUGCACAGGAGCCCCUGGAAGCCGGGCAGAUGCUGAGGCUGCUGUGUGCAGGGUCUCUGGCAGCACCUUGUGUUGAAGCUCGGGACAGACCUGUUCUAUGCAUUUUCAGUGACCAAGUGUUUACGCUGAAAUCACACUUAUGUAUAAAUGCUGCUAUUUUGUUUUGCACUGCUGUGAGUAGUAACUGGAUUUUGCUUAUUAUUAUGUUGGUAUUUAACAUAGGGGUGUUUUGUCUAGUAAUUUAUUUAGUGUUUUAAAUCUUCAAGAACAAUUGUGUCGACCUGUUGUCUAAAACCUUGUGCUGCAUCUGACAUGUUUUCUGUUUGGUUUGUUCAAAGAACACUGACCACUCUCCUUGCAAUGGGGAUUUUCUUUGCUGCUCCUCUGUUAGUAAAGUGGUAGGACGCUGGCCUAGAACAGACCGAGUUACUAAUCUAAGUGAAACAUGAGUGAGGAUGCAAGGUAAUGCUGUUCUGUUGCUUUCCGAUCCUUUUCUCUUUUUGCUCUCGGGGUCCUGUAUCACUGAUUUUUCUCGGUCCUUCACCUGCUGUGUAACUUGGCCGGUAGCCGUGUGCUGUUCGAGGGGUGGAUGGUACAGCUUGCAGCUACAGCUCCGCGCUCCCGGGAACAGUGUUAUUUGCAUUCAUUCUUCACUCCCUGCUAUGUCUCUUUGUACAAAUAAAGAGCUAAGUCAACAA